AUGGCACCUGAAUCAGCCCCAAAGCGUCGCGGAUGGUGGAACAGGCCCAACAUCUCGGCUGCAACCCGCGCCAUGGCUGCCUCGUUCGGCAAGAAGAAGAAGAACAACAAGAACACUCCGCUGAAGGAAAGUACUCCGCUGGUUAUCCCCGACGAUCUGAGCUUGACCGGCGCCUGCGCACUUGAGCCCUUGUAUGGUGAUGAGCCAGUCGAGGCCAAGCUGGAGCAAGACGUUGCGCAUCUCGUUGAGCCCACCAAGAAGACACAGGAUUACGCCGGCCCAGGCUCUAUCUUCCGCAUUCGUAACAAUGUAUUCGACUUGCCCAAGGUCAAGUCGAAGCCUCGCGAUCGUCUCAGAUCCAUGUACAAGAAGAGGACCGCUGGAAAUUCACUUACAGGCUUCUUCAGUCUGCCCACCGAGAUCCGCAACCAGAUCUACGGUUACAUCUUCCACGAACGCCUGAUCAUCAUCAAGCAUAACGAGGCUUGGGUUUCUUCCAAAGGCACCCCACUCACCGAUGCCCUCGACGAGUACCGUCCUAAAGGCAGCCGCAGCAAAAUCCUCAAGUGCAUCAGAAUCGUUAACAUCAGCAGCAAGAAGACCCCUGCCGAAGCUGAGCGCAAGUUUGCCAGAAGCAGAGGAGUCUCGUACGACGGAAUUCCUGGUCAGAAGCCUCUGUCAAGGGAGGGCGUCAACUGGAAGACUUCGAUUUGCAGUCUUCCUCUUGUCUGCAAGCGUAUCAACGCUGAGGCUGCGCCAAUCAUGUAUGGCACUACCGCUUUCUACUUUGACAAUGCUCAACGUCUGAGAGCCUUCCUCAACACCGUCUCUCCCACCAACCUGGCCUGCAUCACUAAACUGUACGUUCACGUGCGUGUCUAUGGGAUUCCCGUCAAGGCUUGCGAUCUUGUCUGGGAAAAGGAACACAUUGAGUGCUGGAUCUCCGUCUUCAAAUUGAUUGCCAAGAAGAUGACCAACCUUCGUGCAAUGCGUGUCACCUUCACCAUGAGAAGUCUCACAGACGGCUUGAAGCGUGCUUUCAAGCCCGCCCGUUACAACACCGACUGGAAGGAGCGCGCAGGCUAUAUGCUCAUGCUCAAGCCUCUUUCGAGCUUGUCCAUGUUGAAGGACUUGCGUGUCGUCAUCAAGGCUGCAGAUGACUACAUGCAGCAGUUCCAGGAAGGCCUUGCUCACAUGCUGUACAGCUUUUGGCGACUCGCCAACAUCCAACCCAUCCAUCAAUUGAAGAUCAAAGUUGAGGCCCUCCAUCAACAGUACUUUCAGGAGAUGCACCACGGACUUGAGAAGGCCAUGAAGGAUGUCGCACGUUCCGAGAAGGUUGACAAGUCGUUUGCUCCCGUCUGUCUUGCCGUCCGUCAGUACAUGGACUUUAUGUUGGACCCUGUUGGUUCGAUGUUGAUGAUGGAGUAUGAGAAGAAGAAGGAGGAGGAGAGGGAAGAGGCGGAGAAGGGCAAGGAGGUGAAGAAGCAGAAGGGCAAGAAGUCGAAGCUCUGA